CGCACUGCUUGACAGCUCCAUAACAAAGCGCUCCCCGGAGCGCCUCUGACCCGGUCUCGCCUCGGCCGAACCGCUCGGAAGUUUCCGCACCCCGCUGUUUUCGGACAGAGAUGGCUUCUCGGGAGACCUCUAACGACGCGGGCUGCAGCUCGUCCGAGGAGGACGGCAACCGCGCGGACUCCACGGAGUGCGCGCCGUCUCCGGCGGCGGCGCGGCGGCACCAUCCGUUCAGCGUGGAGGCGCUCAUGUCGGGCAGGAAGACGGGCGGGGGAGGAGAGCGCGUCCGCCACGAGCUGGAGGGAGACCCGGUGGCGGUGUCCCCGAGGGUGCUGAGCUCCCUGUAUCUGUAUCGGGAGACGUGCAGUCCCCCCGGGGGGAGUCAGAAGAGGUUAGCGGCCGUGCCUUCGUCCCCGGUCAAGUCCGAGGCGUCCGAGCCCGAGGACUGCGCGCCGUGGCUCCACGGCAGCGCGUUCUCCACUCAGCCUCUCCGCGUCGGCCCGGGAUGCCCGCUGAGGAAACACAAGACCAACAGGAAGCCCCGCACUCCCUUCACCACGUCUCAGCUCCUGGCGCUGGAGCGGAAGUUCCGGCAGAAGCAGUACCUGUCCAUCGCCGAGCGGGCCGAGUUCUCCUCGUCCUUGACCCUGACAGAGACUCAAGUGAAGAUCUGGUUCCAGAAUCGCCGGGCGAAAGCCAAGAGGCUCCAGGAGGCCGAGCUGGAGAAACUCAAGAUGGCCGCCGACGCCAAGACGGCGGCUGUGGCGGCCGCCGCGGCUGGAGGUUUACACCCGGGCUUUACGUUACCGCUGUCGCUGGGCCCCAUGUCCCUGUACGGACAGUCGUACUCCGCCUACCACCACCACCACCACCACCACCACAGACCCAUGCUGCCCAUUUCACCUCUGGGACUGUACGCUGCUCCUCUGGGCUACAGCAUGUACCACUUGUCAUGAAUGGAAAUCAGAGAAAAUGGAAAUAUCACUGACUGAACCUGGCCUCCGAAGAGUGCGGCUGACAUUUGAAAAAAAAUCGAUGUUUUUAAUAUACCUUCGGCACAAGGCGUGUUUGAAAUUGACUUUACGAGCACUUAAAGUCAAAAAGGAAAUCUUUUUCUUUUUCUUACAGCAAGCAUAGAAGAGAAACCUACUGUAGAUCUCCUCGCGCCCCUUCGGACGGCGCGUCUGAGCGAGAAGGGGCGUCACGGUCCAGCUGUUUACGCUCUCCCCUUGUUUACUUUUGCAAUAAUUGAGCUCGGCGAGGACUUGCACCGGGCGCAAUAAUACAAAGUACAACUUUUCACUCGAGCCUCUCUCCUCAUUCAAUGCAGUGCCUUGUGUGUUGGAAAGGCCUUAAUAUUAAGCCACUUUGUGUGUGCGUGUGCGUGCGUGUGUGUGUGUGUGUGUGUGGAGGAUGAGUGCUUCAGCAGAUCAGACCAAAUAAACUACUUCACUGAAGCGUUCGUAUAACUGCUACAGAAGUGUCUGCCUUGGAAAUACUGCGCUCCUCUUCAAUUCUUAAAGACAGACCAAUUCAGGUUGGUGGGCUCUCAAAGACGGGGAGGUUCAACCCUCACAUUUUAUCUUCACAUUUUAUCUCCAGAAACAAUAAAUAACAAUCUUUUUCAACUAUAAUUAUGCGGCAAAUGUAUGCCUCAUAUUGUCUAUUUAUGUGAGAAUAUGGUACAAAAGUUCUGACCAAAAGUGUAUUUAUAUUGGUGUUCCUGAAUGUCCCUUUGAAAGGGCCGUACGUUGUUCUAUGCAGUUUAUAUAUUAUAUAUUUUCCAUUAAUGUUUUAUCGAAAUGAACAAAACAAUUAAAGCUUUACAGACUCUUUUCUCUAAAAUGAAUGACUGUUUUUUAUUUAUGUGUAAUAAAAAUAAGGUAGCAUAUG